CCGACGUCACUUCCGCUUACAUUGAAAAACAUAGCAAACGCUGUAUUUAUUUCGUAUUAAGCGCUAUUUCCAUUAUAUAGUCUUGUGCGUCUCCAUCAAUAUUGAAGUGCAGAGACGCCCUUUCUAAAACUGUGUUAAUAGCCUCAGUUAUGAAGGGCCCGAGUGCAGAGACUGAGGUGAUCGAGGAAGCACCUGCUGACCCUAAUAAUGAAGAACUUCCACCUUACCUGCGUGAAGAACCACCUGAGGACUUGGAGAAAGACCACCCUAAGAAUGAAGCAGGCGUGGUGUGGAGAGUGACAGGCGGGCUGUUCAACUUCACCAAAGGAGCGGUGGGUGCCACCCUCGGAGGAGUGGCCUGGGUAGGCAGCAAGAGCUUCGAGCUGACCAAGACGGCUGUGACGAGCGUUCCUGCAGCUGGAGUGGGAUUGGUCAAAGGCGGUGUCUCCGUGGUAACGGGAGGGGUCGGGGCAGUGGGGUCUGCAGUGGCCGGUAAAGUUACACCAAAGAAAAAAGACAAGUCAGAUUAGACUGGCUGACUCGCUCCCACCCUUUGUUCGAUUCGGUGUGUCAGUGGAUGUCUGGGUGGUGUGUUCUCACUUUCAAGGGGGUUGGAAAGCAGGUGGCAGGUUCAUUUAGCCCAUGGGAAAAUUACUGUUUCGCAUUGAUUCACCAAAUACAAUCCUACCUAAGUUAAUACGGUAUAUAAACACACUUCUACCAACAUUAGAAAGCGGAGGUACAUGAGAUAAUUGGGAUCUUAUGCCUUUUGUUUGCUUAUAUGUUUGUGUGUAUUUUGACUAUUGGCUGAAAUUUUGGUCUGUAUUAUUAAUGCUGGGAAGAUCAAAUGGCAAUAUCGUAACAUAUUCUUUAACUGCUUAAUGAAACCGGCUCCAUUACAAAGGAAAUGCUAAUAAUUUCUCUAUAAAACAUCCCUAAAAAAGUUCAAGUACACUUCAUAGAAGUAUUCCUUGAGUAUGUUUACCAUCUUUAAACAAAAUAAUGUGAGAUCUGUGAAAGUAUUAUUUAAUGAAUAAAUGUGACACUAAAUGACCCUGAUCAUCUGAUAAUGUGGGGUUUAUACUACAUACUCUCAAACGUUCUUCGAUUUAGUGUCGGAAAUCGUGUAGUUUCUUUGAUACCGAUUUCACAGUAAUAUAAACAUCUGCUGUUUUCACAGUCAGCUGUUUUAUUAUCAUCACAUUCUCAUUUACGUCAGCCCUGGUAAGUGUAGAAAUCUCCGAACGGCAGUUCGCACAUCUUUGGCGUAGAUUACAUUAAUGGUGAGUCUCCAGUGUAAACACUCCAUUUUGUAAGACAAUGUUUAAGCCGUUGAAAUUUAAUCUGUCUCCAGGAAACCAGAGCCUGGAGUUAAGAAAAGAAAUUAUUCGCAUCUAAAAAAGGAUGCAGGGAAACAGAAACUACACCGCAUUGUCUUCAGUCCAUUUAAAAAGGCUUUUUAGCAAGUCCGCUUCGUUUUCUCUUUUGCGAAGCAUCACUUGUAGUUCUCAAUUGAGAUGAUGUUUUAUUGGCCGUACAUGUGCCUGAAUGUCUUGGGAGUUAUAAAAGCUCACUGUGGAGUGUUUAGUGUUUCAGAACAGUGCAAAAUAACCACAGAUGUAUUUCCUGCGACCCUGUUACAGCUGUUUACAUCAUAGAACCAGCACAAUUGAAAAUGUGCAAAUUGAGUAUUUGUUCAUACGUUUUUGUCUUUUUUCCCCCCUCUACUGCUUAAAUGUUUGUCUCCUUUUUUAUUUAUGUAAAAACAACAUAUGGCAUAUUAUUAUAUUGUUGCGAUGCAUGCUUGAAGCUCUAGUUCUCUGUACAACAUGCUGUUAAUUGUGAGUAUGUAUCUCAGUUGUUGUUUUUUUUCUCAUGUUUCUUUGUUUUUGCUAUCUACACACUUUCUGUUAGGUACCCAUGUCUUGAAGAUGCUGUUACUAUAAACUGGACUUUUAAGACCAAGUAGAUUUUGUCUAUAAUAGAACUAUUUUUGCUAAAUUGAUGCUGUAUUCUACAAAUAAAGCAUUCUGUAUUUUAGAAA